AUGUCGUACGCAGGCGGCGGCAGGCGCGAGCAACCGCCCAUGCUCAAGGGCGGCUGGCGCCACGAGGAGGACGAGGCGCUCACGACCCUCGUGACCCAUAAGGGAGAGGGCAACUGGAGCGAGAUCGCGCGUGACCUCAACCGCAUGGUCUGCGGCCACGAGGAACUCGGGCGCGUGGGCAAGCAGUGCCGCGAGCGCUGGAACCACCACCUGCGCCCCGAUAUCAACAAGACCCCCUGGACCCUGGCAGAGGAGCAGCUGCUGAUGCAGUCACACAGGAGGUACGGCAACCGCUGGUCCGAGAUCUCCAAGCUCAUGCCCGGCCGCACCGAGAACGCCAUCAAGAACUUUUGGAACGCCACCCUCCGCCGCAAGGACAUCACGCGCGGCAACAACCGCAACGAGAUCGGGGUGGGCCUCGCGCUGCGCGCGUACAUGGUGGAUGUCGGCGUCGCACUGCCCACGGCGCCACAGCCGGAGUACCUGCCCCCGCAGCGGCGCGGCCCGCAGCGCCCGUGCCCCGCACCAGCGGCCCCACGGUGGGCGGCCACGGCGGCGCGCGACGGGCGGCGCCCUGAUGACGGCGCGACGGCGGGUGGCGAGGAUGAUUACGAGGAGGGUGACUACGAAUAUGGCGGCGGCGAUGACGGUUACAACAAGCAGGACGACGAUGAGGCGGAGGAUGAGGCCGCUGGUCACGCCGCGGCGCCCGAGCUCAGCGCCUUUGCGGCUGGCCACGGCAUCCCGGCCUUCCGCGUGCCGGCCACCAAGCGGAGGGUCUCGGCAACGGGCGGUGGCGGCAGCGGCGGCGCGCCGGAUGAGGGCGACAGCGAGGCCGAGUGGAACCCGCAGCACACCGGCAGCCCAAUGGCCAAGGCGCCCCUCGGCGCUGCCGCUAGCUCUGGCGUGCACGCCCCGCCCCCGCUGUCGCCGCUGGCCGGCGUGCCCUUCCUGCCUGCCAUCCCUUCACCCACCAAGCGGCCCAAGCCGACAGCCGCCGGCGCGCACGCGCACGCGAUUGCGCACGCUGCGGCCGCCGAGCUGCGCCUGUCGUUCCCCGCCAGCGAGGGCGCGCCGCGGCCCUCCCAGGGCAGCCCCGCCCCCAGCAGCGGCGCUAACACGCCGCUCUCGCUGCGCCGCGGCUCGCCCCCCGGCGCCGGCCUCGGCGUCGGCCUCGGCAGCGAUGGCGGCAGCGCAGCCAGCACUGGCGGCGCGUUCCAGGCGGGUGCUGGGGCGCCCUCUGCACCCAUCGCGCCGCUGUUUAGCGGUGUCGGUCUCAACGUGUCGCAGGCCGACCUGAUCGCGGCGUUUGUGGCGGCCCUGGCGCAGCAGGCCAAGGCGGCGCAGCACACACAGCAGGCGCCGGCAGCAGCCCAGCACGCGCAGCUGCAGCAGCUGCAGCAGCACCAGCUAAUGCAGCAGCAGGCACUCCACCAGGCACAGCAGCAGGCGGCGCGGCAGCAGCGGCUGGAGGUGGCCGCCCUGCAGGCGCUGGCCGCGCAGCACCUGGCGCAGCAGCAGCUGUUCCAGGAGCAGCGGGCGCGGCAGCAGGCCGCGGCGCAGGAGCAGGAGCGGGUGCUGAUGCUGCAGCUGCAGCAGGCCGCGCGGCUCGCGGCGAUGGGGCCAGGGGUCAAGCAGGACAGGGGCAAGCCAGCUGCUGCCGUGCGGGGCGCGUCUGAUGACGAGGGCGAGGUGGAGUCUGAUGCUCAGGUGGCGGAGAUGAUGCUAAUGCUCAGGAACAGCGGCGCGUGA